AUGAAAUCGGCUACCCCAGAGAAGGUAGUUCUAUACUGGCAUCGCACCGACCUUCGCCUCCACGAUUCACCAGCCCUGCACGCCGCCCUCGAACUCAAACCCCAGAUCUUCAUUCCGGUCUGGACCUGGGACCCACACUACGUCUACCGAUCCCGCGUGGGGCCCAACAGAUGGCGCUUCCUGCUAGAAUGCCAAAAUGACCUCUCGAAAUCCUACACUCAGCUCAACGCGAAGCAAAAGCUCUGGGUCGUGCGCGAAGCGCCGCAGACCGCGCUGCCGAAGUUGUGGAAGGCGUGGGGCAUAACACAUAUUGUCUUUGAGAAGGAUACGGAUUCGCUGGCGGAGCAGGCUGGCGUGGAGGUUAUGAUGAAGAUGGGAAGGACGCUUUUUGAUCCGGAUGAGUUGGUCAGUAAGAAUGGUGGGAAGGCGACGAUGAGUAUGGCGCAGGUUGAGAAGGCUGCCGGGAAGAUUGGUGAUGGGCAGCCGGCGAAGCCAGUUGAGGCACCGGAGAGUAUUCCUGAUCCGUGGGAUAAGGAUGGGAUGGAUCUUGGGAAGAUACAGCAGGAUGAGGUGAAGUCGGACCCGGAUUUGAAUGCGGAUCAUCGGACCAGCAAGGAUCAGCAGUAUACGCAGAUCAUGGGGCCGAAGGGGGACUUUGGAGUGCCAACUUUGGAUGAGAUUGGAAUUAGGUCGAAGAAUGUGUCGACACCGCACCAUGGAGGGGAGUCUGUUGCUCUGAAAAUACUGGCUGGGUAUAUCAAGGACGAGGAGUAUAUUGGUCGAUUCGAGAAGCCGAAAACGUCACCCGCCGAUUUCGAGCCCCAGUCCACAACGCUGCUCUCUCCGCAUCUUCAUUUCGGGUCUUUAUCUGUCCGGAAGUUCUGGUGGGAUGUUCAGGCGGUCAUGGAUGAGCGCAAAAAGUCCAAAAAGCACAAUGCGACCAUCCCGACCAAUCUACCGGGUCAAUUGCUCUUCCGUGAUAUGUACUUUGGCGCACAAGCGGCUGUUGGCGAGGCUUUCUCGCGGACGUACGGGAACCCAGUCGUCAGAUUCAUUGAUUGGCAUCUGCAAUCUAAGACUCCGGAAGAAUUGGCACAUGGGAAACCGGAGAUUAAAUUCUACGAGGUAGAUUCCUCUGAAGCAGAAGAAUGGUUUCUACGAUGGAAAGAAGGGCGGACCGGAUUUCCCUGGAUUGAUGCAUUGAUGCGACAACUCAAACAGGAAGGCUGGAUUCACCACCUUGGUCGACAUAGUGUCGCCUGCUUCUUGACGCGAGGAGGAUGCUAUGUGAGCUGGGAGCGAGGCGCUGAGGUCUUUGAGGAGAUGUUGAUUGACCAUGAAACGGCCUGCAACAUCGGCAACUGGAUGUGGCUCUCUUGCACGGCAUUCUUCGCGCAGUUCUAUCGAUGCUACUCACCCAUCUCGUUCGGGAAAAAGUGGGAUCCGGAGGGUGCCUUCAUCCGGCGAUACUGUCCGGAGCUAGCGAAGUUUGAUAAGAAGUACAUCUAUGAGCCGUGGCGAGCGCCCAUCGCGGAUCAGCGCAAGUGGGGAUGCAGAGUGACCGGGGAUGGCAGUAGUUCGACGAAUGAGGAUGGUACAAUUUACCCGAAACCCAUGUUUGAUUUUGAUGAGCGGCGGACUAUCUGUCUGGAUAGCAUGAAGAAUGCCUAUCACGUCGGGCUGCAUGGGAAUGACCGACAGGUGAAGGACGGGUCGUGGAAGAAAUCCUUUGGGUUGGAGGCCGAUAAACGACCUCGGAAGAAGCAGAAGACGGAGAAGUAG